AUGAGGCCUGUUCUGGUAUUUAAGAGGGCUCUCUCUACGAAAACGCGUCCAGCUACUGCUGUGAUGUUCAUGAACAUGGGCGGACCGUCUACUGUGCCCGAGACGUACGACUUCCUGUUGAGGUUGUUUUCCGAUGGAGAUUUGAUUCCUUUUGGAAGAUUCCAGAACCUUCUCGCUAAGUUCAUUGCCAAGCGCAGAACCCCGAAGAUUGAGUCGUACUACCAGGAAAUCGGUGGAGGGUCUCCAAUCAGGAAGUGGAGUGAGUUGCAGUGCAAGGCUGUUUGUGAACGUCUCGAUCAGACCAACCCUGAAUUCGCGCCUCACAAGCCUUAUGUUGCUUUCCGCUACGCCCGUCCUCUCACUGAAGAGACCCUCACACAGAUGAAGAAGGACGGCAUCAAAAGGGCCAUUGCUUUUUCGCAAUACCCACAGUUCAGCUACUCGACAACAGCCUCUUCCAUCAACGAAUUAUACAGAAAGUCCAAAGAACUUGAUCCUGAGUCUGAGAUAGAGUGGAGCAUCAUAGACAGAUGGCCCAAGCACCCAGGCCUGGUGAAGGCUUUUAGCAAUCACAUCACGAAAGCGAUUGCCGAGUUGAACGUUGACGAGUCCAAAAAGAAGGAUGUGGUGGUCUUGUUUUCUGCUCAUUCCUUGCCAAUGGAAAUUGUGAACAGAGGAGAUUCCUACCCGGCUGAAGUUGCUGCUACAGUCUAUGCCAUCAUGGAGAAGCUGAAAUUUUCCAAUCCUUACAGACUGGUCUGGCAAAGUCAGGUUGGGCCCAAGCCUUGGUUGGGAGGAAAAACUGACAAGAUUACGCAGAAGUUGAAUGAAAUAGAAGACAUUCCGGGAGUUGUGAUUGUGCCAGUGGCAUUCACUUCUGACCAUAUUGAAACUCUGCACGAGAUCGACAUCGAACUGAAGAAUGAGCUAAAGUUUCCAAGCAAGGUGCUUCGUGCCGAGUCUUUGAACGGUGAUGAGGAUUUUCUGGACGGUUUGGCUGACUUGGUGAAGACUCACUUGCAGUCUGGAGAAAGAUAUAAUAAGCAGUUGCCGUUGGAUUACACACUGGGAAAGAGCUCCAUCUAUGAAAUUUUCAACCACCCUGAUGAACUUUUUGGCAAGAAGAAAUGA